CGUUCUACCUAUCAGCUAAAAUAAAUUAGGAAUUUCAAGUUCGUAGUCUCGGCAUGAUAUUCAAGCACCCAAACCGUUGGUUCACAUCCUUGAACCGAAACAGAGUUUUAAUUGUCAAAUGGUUGGAUUGCACUUGGUUAGACUUACAGGUUCCAUGGGUGUGGAAUUUGAUUAUCUCAGUUUGGGUUAGUAUAUUUUAAGUUGUUUAUUGUAUCCCUUGGACUUUAAGUGAAGUUCCUUGUAUAUGGUGGUCUUAUGUUUCAUGUUUGGAUUUGGUUUAGUCAUGAAAAUUGAAAAUUUCUUACUUUCUGCUUUUAUUAGAUGUUGGGUUAGGCCUGGGUUUAGAAAAGUUUGAAACUUUAUGAUCUUCUUGAUGGACAUAAUACUAUUAUUGUUCAAAGUGGCUUUCAGGAUUGCUCAAAUGGAGGAUGCCCAAGAAGUAUCUGAAACAAUGUCAGACAAAUCAUCUGAAAAUACACAGGAAACUCGUGAUGAAAUGCUUUCGAGGCACAGGAAAGAGAUAUCAAAACUUCAGGACAAGGAAAUUGAAAUGAAGAAGGCAGCUGCCAAAGGUAGCAAGGCCGAACAAAAAGCUAAGAAAAAGCAGGUGGAGGAAGAGAUUUCUCGGCUUUCUGCUAAGCUUAAAGAAAAACAUGCUCAAGAACUUGCUUCGUUAGGCUAUAGCACUAGUAAUGGAACUCAGAAAGCAAAACUUGACAAUUUAGUGAAAGCCAUAGCUGGUGUUUCUGUCACCAGUCAACCUGACCAAGCAAAGCCCAGCAAGAGUUCAAAGAGGCGGGAGAAAAGAGCUCAGCAAGAUGCAGCUAGGGAGCAAAGAAUUCAAGAAGAGCAGAGCAACCUUGUAAGUGAUCGAAUGAUUGAGAAUGAGAAGCUAGAAAAAAAGCUUGAACCCCUUGGUUUGACCAUUAAUGAAAUAAAGCCCGAUGGUCAUUGCCUCUACCGAGCUAUCCAGGAUCAGCUGGCCCAUCUUUCCGGAGGUUCAUCACCUCACACGUACCAAGAGCUUCGAGAAAUGGUGGCUGCUUAUAUGAGGAAGCAUGCAUCUGAUUUUCUCCCAUUUUUUUUGUCAGAGAAUCCGGUAGAUGGAGAUUCUGAGGAUUCACUUGCAGAGAGGUUUGAGAAUUACUGUAAAGAAGUAGAGUCAACAGCGGCAUGGGGAGGGCAGCUAGAGCUUGGUGCUUUAACUCACUGCCUUAAAAAGCAUAUCAUGAUAUACUCAGGAUCCUUCCCUGAUGUGGAGAUGGGCAAGGAGUACAAAUCAGAUAGCAGCAGUACGGAUUCUUCUGAUUCGAGUAUUAUGUUGUCAUACCAUAAGCAUGCAUUUGGGCUUGGUGAGCACUAUAAUUCUGUGGUUCGAAUAUGAUCAUCGAAUAGCCGGCGCAACCACAAUGCAAACACACUUGGUUUGCUCAUCACUUGGUUUGUAACUUGUGGUGUGAACAAGCACUUUUUGAGCUCUAAACUAAUUAUUGAUACUACACUAGACAGUGGUUAUAUUCAGAUUGGUUUUCCUUAAAAGUUUUCUACAUCUUCUGGACUAAGUUUUGUAGUCAAA